AUGACUGAGGUUGCGCAACAACCCAUCAAACCAGAGCAGAAGCAGGAGGCACUUGAGGAUGAUGAUGAGGCGAAAAUGGAGGACGUAGCGAAGGCGUAUAUGGAAGUAAGACAACGGAAGGACGGUCCCUCGGCAGCUCCACUCGAUCCAAAAAUUGCUGCCUUAUUACCCAAGGCUAGAAAAUUCAUCCUGUUUUUCACGUACCACAAUAGAAAUGAUGAUCAACCGGCGGUCAAUUCGACGUCGGAUGAAAAAGACAAGGACAAGGAGAAGGAAAAAGAGGAUAAAAAAGAGAAGGAAAAGGAUAGGGAACGUGAUAGGGAUAAAGAUAAAGAGAAGGAUAAAGAAAAAGACCGAGAUAAAGAUAAGCGUGAUAAGAAAGACGAUAAGGAUCGCGAUCGAGAUCGAAGACGCCGGUCGAGAAGUAGAAGUAGAGAUCGUCACCGCAGACGGUCCCGUUCCAAAUCAAGAUCACUGGUGCAAUUGCGGAGAAAUGCGUUUUAUUUUCUGAUCAUGAUUAGCUCAUGUGUCGUGUUUGGACAUAUCGUAUGUCCUCAUGUUUUUAGUCGAGAUCGAGAGCGUCGCCGUCACCAUGAUAAAAGUCGUGAUCGUUCGAAAGAGAAGGAAAAGGAUCGACCAAAGAAGAAAUACAAGUUCUGGGAUGUUCCACCAGUUGGUUAUGAGCAUUUGACGCCGAAAGAGUAUAAGGAACUACAAGCGGCCGGGCAGAUUCCUCGAAAUAACGUUCAAUCGGCCGUACCCGUCGUGGGGCCGUCAGUAACUUGUCAGUCGAGACGUUUGUAUGUGGGUAAUAUUCCGUUUGGAUGUAGUGAGGAUGCAAUGCUUGACUUUUUCAAUCAACAGGCUCCGCAAGCGCCUGGUAAUCCAGUGUUAGCGUGUCAAAUGAAUUUGGAUAAGAAUUUUGCGUUCAUUGAAUUUCGAUCGAUCGAUGAGACAACUGCUGGUAUGGCUUUCGAUGGCAUCAAUUUCAUGGGACAGCAACUAAAAAUUCGUAGACCUCGUGACUAUCAACCAAUGAGUACUUCAUAUGACAUGAGUGCUAUGAUGGUAUCAAACAUUGUAGCAGAUAGUCCAUACAAGAUAUUUAUCGGAGGAUUACCAAGUUAUCUGAAUGCAGACCAGGUAAAGGAGUUGCUAUCUUCAUUUGGACAGCUGAAAGCAUUCAAUUUGGUUACUGAUGUGAGUACAGGUGUCUCGAAAGGAUAUGCUUUCGCUGAAUAUCUCGACUCAUCGCUCACUGACCAGGCGAUUGCUGGACUUAAUGGAAUGCAGUUGGGUGAUAAGAACCUCGUCGUGCAACUAUCGUGUGCAAAUGCACGUGCCGCGAUGAGCACCACAGCGUUCCCGCAGAUUCAGGUAGCAGGUAUUGAUCUGUCGCAUGGAGCUGGACCACCGACGGAAGUACUGUGUUUGAUGAAUAUGGUGACUGAGGACGAGUUGAAGGAUGAUGAAGAAUAUGAAGAUAUUUUGGAGGAUAUUCGUGAAGAAUGUGCCAAAUAUGGUUUCGUUAAAUCAAUUGAAGUACCUCGCGCAGUUCCUGGUGUGGACGUUACAGGUGUUGGAAAGGUAUUCGUUGAAUUCAACAGCAAACAAGAGUGUCAGAAGGCACAAGCCGCGUUGACUGGACGUAAGUUUGCGAAUCGUACCGUUGUAACAAGUUAUUAUGAUCCUGACCUCUAUCAUAGGCGUCAAUUUUAA